CGCUCGCUCAGUCAGUCACGGUCAUUCCACGGUGGAGCGGGGUCAGAGUUUCGCGGGUUCACGUGUGGUUCACGAGUUUGCCGGCAGGGGCGCGCCAGUCUCUCGUUCAAAAUUGGCAAUGGCGCUGUCCAAGGGGUUGUCUGCUAUCUGAACAUAAAUUUGUUUAGUCGUGUUUCGCAAGGUUUGACGGGUAAUUUAGCUACUUCCAGCAGACAUCAUGGGUGUCCUUAGUACUGUGAUCGAACAUUUGAAAGACCCUGCCCUUGUGGCAGAAGUUCAAGCGUACUUUGGUGUUGAAAGGGUGACACCCUCGAAACAGACUACUGAAGUUCUCAAGACAUCCGUUCAAGCCAAUGGUUCUGAUAGCACUGUUCAUAAAAGAAAUGUGAAAAAUGGAGCUCCUGAAGUUCAAGAGCAACCAACAGCUACUGCAAUCAGCGAAGAGGAUAGUGACUCCGAAGACAAUUUCUCAUCUGAUGUGGAUUCAGAAGCUUGUGGCUUUAGAAUCAACAACAAAUUCUGGUUUUACCUGUUUACACUUGGAACUGCUCUUGGAGAUGAAUUGUUUUAUGCCACUUUCAUUCCUUUUUGGUUUUGGAACGUUGAUGGCGCAGUUGGCCGUCGCAUGGUUCUUGUAUGGUGCAUUAACAUGUAUAUUGGUCAGGGUAUCAAAGAUUUGGUUUGCUGGCCCCGCCCUGGGUAUCCUGCUAUGCGUUUGCAGAAGAAGUGGGCGCUUGAAUAUGGAAUGCCAUCAACUCAUGCAAUGGUAGCUGUAUCCAUCCCUUUCUCUGUUCUUUUGUACACUAUGGAUCGAUAUCAGUAUCCAGUUGCAGUAGGUGUCAUUAUUGCUUUUCUAUGGUGCAGUUUAAUCUGUGUUAGUCGAGUUUAUCUUGGAAUGCAUACCGUAUUGGACAUUGUGGCUGGACUGGGCUUGUCCAUUGCCUUGUUAAUCCCAUUGAUUCCUCUGGUUGAUCACUUGGAUUACACUUUAUUGACUUGGCGAUGGUCACCAAUCAUACUCUUAGUUGUGUCUAUCGCCAUGGUUGUUUUCUACCCUCGCAGAGGUGAUCGCUGGACUCCGACCAGAGGAGACACUGCUAUGAUAUUGAGUGUAACUGCUGGUGUUCAUAUUGGUUCCUGGACAAACUUUCAACUUGGAAUAAUGAGAGAGCCUUCUACUCCACCUCCGUAUGCAAUUUUGUGGCCCUCGUUUGAAAUGAUGGGUUUGGGCAUUUUAAGAACUGUGAUUGGAUUAAGCUGUGUCUUAGCCACCAGAGCGUGGUGUAAGUGGGCGUCUUAUGCUACUAUAUGUGCUCUCCUAAGACUGAAUGCCAGUGACAUCAAGAAACAGUGCUACUCCGUCCACAACCAUCAAAAAAAUAUUGUUGAAUUAAGUUACAAAUUUAUUACAUCUGUUCUAGUUGGCUUUAACACCACGUAUUUAAUGCCAAGUGUGUUCCGCCUUUUGGGUAUAGCAAGACCAACAUUUUAUACUGAAAUGUGACCUGCUGAUUUGCUCUCUACCUAAAGCAGUUGUCAGUAUUCUUAAAACUAGGUACUUUUCUGGAAGGUACAUGAAGUACUUAAGUGAAAGAAAUGUUUCAGACACAAUGUCAAAAUUUGUUUCCAAACCAACUGUUAUUUGGGGAUCUAGAAAGGAAAAUAUCUUCAAUUCAAAGGCAACUGCAGAUGACUAUCUCACUGGAAAGAAUAUCUUUACUAAGAGAUUAACCACAGUGUACCUGUAUAAUUUAUUCUUGCCACUCUCUUUGAGAGAAACAGUGUCUACCAUUCCAAUGGUACAUUCCCUGCAAUAGGAAAUGUUUUUUUAUGGCUUGUUGUGUUAUGUAAUUGGUGCUUUGCGCUCUUGUGAUAAUGACAAUCAAAAUUAUGCCUUUAGAGUUCCUGUGAAUUUCAAAACCUUAAAAGAAAAAGCAUGAAUUUUUCUUUCCUUUUAUUUUUGUUUUCACUCCCUGUGUUUUUUUGUUAUCUUGGUUCAAAGUUUAUUUGAAGCUGUAGUGUUGAAUAUAUUCAUAUUGCAGUUUCUAUUUUGCAAGUUGAAUGCAAAAACUUAUGGAAGAACUUAUUGUUGAUGCUUUAAAAAUAAUGAUUCUUUGUCAAGGUUCUAAUUAUAGUCUUUUGGUACUAUCCACUUAUGCAAGUAAGAAGAUCUGAGUGUGCUGAGAAAAAAAUAACACUUUCCUGUCCUACUACUUGUCGCAGCUUUAUCGUACAAUGUGUUCAAUUGAAGGCAUAUGCUGGUCUAGUCUUAGUCAAAAGAUAAGCUAUGCAAUAUCACUAUUAACAGUCAUCAUUACUUCUCAAAUUUGUUAGUUGUAAGAUGCACAAAUAUUUAAGGCAAACUCAUUCUAAGUUGUUUUUAUUCUAAGACAUUUUUUUUGUCUUUAGGAUUUAUAAAAGUUUGAAGCAUUCACUCUACAUGUAUUUAGUCUGUUAGAUUACUUAACACAAUUGUCUUCCUUCUAAUGUGCAACCUAAUCUAAUAUGACCAGUUAUGUUCAAAUUUGUCCACCAAAAUGUUUUUACUUUUCAAAUGAAGCUUUGCACCAUCUAAUGAGCUUUAAGCCUAUAGUGUAAGGAGCCUAUAUACAUUCCAUAGGACUGUAAACUGUAUUUUGCUCAGUAAUGAUCUACAGAUCAUUUGUAAGUUUAGGAAAUUUUAACUUAAUGUUGUCAUUGAUUUUUAGAAAGGUAGCAUGUUUUACAAAUUUUACAUGUUUGAAAUUAACAUUGCUUUAGUGCCUUAAAAAUUCACAUUGUAAUGGAUCUUUUUAAAGUUGUAAGUUUGGUUCAAAAUUAUAUUUUAUUUUUGUUCUUUUCAUUAUGCUUUACAACUAUCAAUAAAAUUGAUACAAGAUGGUUAA